GGACAAGAGAGGGGACGAUCCGGCUUCUACCUCCAGCCGCCAGUUUUUGAAAGGACGCCGAAGGGAUGCACAGCUUCGCCGAGUGCGAGAAAUGCUUCACCUGCAACAAGCACCAGCGGAUCCACAUCCGGGAGAAGCCCUUCGCCUGCUCCACCUGCGGCAAAUUCUUCACCACCAACUCCAACCUGGUGGCCCACCAGAGGAUCCACACCGGGGAGAAGCCUUUCUCGUGUUCGGAGUGCGGAAAAUGCUUCACCAGCAGCUCAGACCUGGUCAAGCACAAGAUCAUCCACACCGGGGAGAAGCCCUUUCCCUGCUCCUCGUGCGGGAAAUGUUUCACCAACAAGUCCAACUUGAUUAAACACCAGAGAAUCCACACGGGCGAGCGGCCCUAUUCCUGCCCCGAGUGCGGGAAGAGGUUCACCAGCACCUCGCACCUGGUUACACACCGUAGGACUCACACGGGGGAGAAGCCAUAUCCCUGCCCCGGCUGCGGGAAGUUCUUUAGCAAUAAAUCGCACCUGGUGGAACACCAGAGAAUCCACACAGGGGAGAGACCUUUUCCUUGUCCCGAGUGCGGGAAAUGCUUCACUCAGAAGAGCAACCUCAAUAAUCACCUGAGAAUUCAUUCCCGGGGGAAGACGGAAAGUCGUCUCCGAGGAUCAGAAACCAGAUCUGACAUAAACUGAGAAGCCGACCCUAAAGACAUGGCUUUGGCCACCCCGGGUGCUCCAAUUCUAGACUGGGCCAUGACUCCUGGGUAACGGGUAUCGUAGUCUACAUUGGUCAGGAAAUAAUGCUUCCCAAACUUGCUGGUGCCAAAGAAUGCCAAUGGCUCCUCAGAAGCACCAUCAGAUACUCUGCUGGUCAGCACUGCACACCAUGGGCUUCCGAACAAUGUCUUGAGUCGCAUGUUCUUGGCUGACCUUCCAUGAAUACCCAUUGGAGAUGCCAACUGUGGUGACCUGGCCAAGAGAGGAAUUCUGGCCGAGAGGAAGAACUUCUGGCCGAGAGGAAGAACUUCUGGCCAAGAGAGGAACUUCUGGCCAA